AUGUGGAACGAUUUCUGUCUAACAGAAGGUUCUAGGUGUUCUGCGGGGAAUGAGUUCUCUACAGAAGGUUAUAUGUGGAACGAUUUCUGUCUGACAGAAGGUUCUAGGUGUUCUGCGUGGAAUGAGUUCUCUACAGAAGGUUAUAUGUGGAACGAUUUCUGUCUGACAGAAGGUUCUAGGUGUUCUGCGUGGAAUGAGUUCUCUACAGAAGGUUAUAUGUGGAACGAUUUCUGUCUAACAGAAGGUUCUAGGUGUUCUGCGGGGAAUGAGUUCUCUACAGAAGGUUAUAUGUGGAACGAUUUCUGUCUGACAGAAGGUUCUAGGUGUUCUGCGGGGAAUGAGUUCUCUACAGAAGGUUAUAUGUGGAACGAUUUCUGUCUGACAGAAGGUUCUAGGUGUUCUGCGUGGAAUGAGUUCUCUACUGAAGGUUCUAGGUGUUCUGCGGGGAAUGAGUUCUCUACUGAAGGUUCUAGGUGUUCUGCGGGGAAUGAGUUCUCUACAGAAGGUUAUAUGUGGAACGAUUUCUGUCUGACAGAAGGUUCUAGGUGUUCUGCGUGGAAUGAGUUCUCUACAGAAGGUUAUAUGUGGAACGAUUUCUGUCUGACAGAAGGUUCUAGGUGUUCUGCGUGGAAUGAGUUCUCUACAGAAGGUUAUAUGUGGAACGAUUUCUGUGUGACAGAAGGUUCUAGGUGUUCUGCGUGGAAUGAGUUCUCUACUGAAGGUUCUAGGUGUUCUGCGGGGAAUGAGUUCUCUACUGAAGGUUCUAGGUGUUCUGCGGGGAAUGAGUUCUCUACAGAAGGUUAUAUGUGGAACGAUUUCUGUCUGACAGAAGGUUCUAGGUGUUCUGCGUGGAAUGAGUUCUCUACAGAAGGUUAUAUGUGGAACGAUUUCUGUCUGACAGAAGGUUCUAGGUGUUCUGCGUGGAAUGAGUUCUCUACAGAAGGUUAUAUGUGGAACGAUUUCUGUGUGACAGAAGGUUCUAGGUGUUCUGCGUGGAAUGAGUUCUCUACUGAAGGUUCUAGGUGUUCUGUGUACAGUGAGUUCUCUCUGAAAGUUUACCUCUCUGUCCUAACAGAGGUAUAUUGUGCCAGAUGUCCUCAUCCUCCUCUCCCCCACCCUUCUCUCUCCACCCCUCCUCUAUCGUCCUCCUCCUCUCUCCGUCCCCCAUCUUCAGACGUCUCCUGCAGAGUCCUGUCUCUCUCUUCUCCUCAUCCUCCUCUCCCCCACCCUUCUCUCUCCACCCCUCCUCUAUCGUCCUCCUCCUCUCUCCGUCCCCCAUCUUCAGACGUCUCGUGCAGAGCCCUGUCUCUCUCCUGUCCUCACCAGAGGUUUCCUGCAUAG